AUGCCGGCCAUGUGCGUUCGAGUCGAAGCACAUGACGGUCUAAUAUUCAAUACAACACAAGGACAACCGUGUGAGAGACUUCUCCGUUAUGAUCAUAGUUUACCGAUGUACAACUUUUUCGCAAAAUUGCACUCAUAUUUAACAUCAACUUACGGUGCUCAAUGGGAGAACAUUGGCAUUAUACAGUUUACUAAUCCAGAAACCAUACAAUUUGAUGUGAUUGGUUUUGGCAUGGUGGAUACACAUCCGCCGAUGGAAAAUGCGCAGUCGCCCACAAAAAUAUCUCGCUUUGGCUCGCUUGUCACAUCUUCGCUUUCAUCUUCGUUAAUCAUACCACCACAAUUGCCGAAUGCAAAAAUCAAAUUUAACGCUAUUUUUAUCGCUGAAGUGACAACACACAAAAAUGUUGAAUUUGAUGAGAAUGUUAUUCUUGAUGGAGAAAAACAAAGUUCACCAAUGAGAAUAUUAUUGAAAAAGUUCAUCCAACUUGAACGUCAGUUGGCAACAGUUAAAAUGUAUUACGAUUUGAAGAGUAAUAAAAACUUAAUAUGUGGGUUAUCGUUGUUUCAACGUGGAGUGAAGAAACGAAAGGCAUAUGAAACAAUCAAUAGAAUAUUGUCCCAUCCCGAAUUCAUAAAAUGUAUCCCGAUUAUUAUCGAACGUCAUUAG